CCCUCCCGCCCCGUCUCCUGCCCAUGAUCAGCAACGGCAUGGCCCGCCUUGUCGUCAACAUGAAGGAGGCCUACAUGACCCCCGCCACCUGGAAGCUCUGUUACUCUCUCUUCCGGGCCGAAGACGCCGCUAAGAUUCAACGCUUCCGUUUCGAGAAGGACCGGCGCCUGUCCUUGGGCAGCCAGCUUUUGCAACGGGCAGUGAUCGCGUGGACGUUCGGGGUAAGCUACCCGGAGAUUGUGAUCUCCAGGACGGAGAAAGGGAAGCCCUUCUUCAAGUACACGCCGACGCACCCGGGGGAGGUGCCGGGGGAGGAGGAGACGGCCCAGGUGCCGUUCCCCAACUGGAAUUACAACGUCUCGCACCACGGAGACUUCGUGGGUAUUGCCUCCGAGCCCGUCUGUCUGGUGGGCCUGGACAUCAUGAACGCCAAGGAGAAGCCUCGGGGGGGCGGGCGAGAGCGCGGGGCGCACGAUUUCUUCAAGUCUUUCCAUCGCCAGCUGAGCGCGACGGAAUGGGGAUCCAUCUACGAGGCCCCCAGCGAAGAGACCAAAUUGGAGCGCUUUUAUCGGCAGUGGGCGUUGAAGGAGGCCUACAUCAAGGCCAUCGGCAGCGGACUCUCCUUCUCCCCCCGGCGCAUCGAGAUCACAGGCUUGGACCAUGAGCAGAGACCGUACACAGAAGAAGCAUACGACCCUUCCAUGCUCCGAAUCGAUGGCGCCGAGCGCCCCGAUUGGAAAUUUAAAUUCUCGGCCCUGGACUAUGGCCACGUGGCAUGCGUCUCCCGCGGGCCCCCCUCGGACGCCAUCGAGGACUACCGUAAGAACCUUCUAGAACCCUGGCUGCCCAACAGCCCGUUGCAAUACGGCUUGGAGAGCGUGCAGCCGGAAUUUGAGGUGCUCAGUCUUCGCGAACUGAUCCCGGUCCACAGGUUGGAAGAGUUUGACCGAUCGGUGGCGGUGGGGAACGGGGAGGGUAUCGAGGAGGGAUUGGUCCUGGGGCUCUCGGAGAGGUGCGCAUCGCAGCCAUAAAGUGCCUCGGAGACUUAAGGCAGGAGUAGGAGGGGCGAAGGCGAAGGAUGACCACAGAGGUGGAAGUCUAUGGUCCCUCCGUGGGUCGGAGGAAGGGAUGAGUCGGCGACAUAGAGGGGCCUGGCGGGGGUGGGUGUUUGGGAAUGUCAACAUGGGUUCUGCUUGGUCUCUCUUCCCGCCGCCCAACACGGGCAGAAUGGGGAAAAGGUGGGGUAGGGCGAGGGAGAGCGAGUCAAGGAGGGCAUAUCCGGGAGUGAAUGAACGCCAGAAGGUAGGAGACGCAUGGGGACGCCCAGGGCCAAGACGCCUGAAAUUAUUGAUAGCACACA